AGUCGUCUCGUCAGUUGAAGCGCGUGUUCCAGAAAUGGGCAGCAGCGGCAACACUUUAAAAAGCUUGGGCAGACGCUGCCUGCUUCGACUCUCCUCCGAUUGCCAUUCGCUCCUCCAUGGGAAAAGCUUCGGCGAAGCUACUCUUACGAGCCAAAGACGGAGACUUUACCCCUUGUCUUCCCCUCGUAAGCUCGCAGGUUUCAAAGGUGCUCCUCCUCCGCGUUCCUUUUCAACGUCGUCAUCGUCAUCAAAGGUCGGGUUUUUGGGAUGGUAUUUAGCGAAGCUCGAUUCCAAGCCUCUUAUUACGAAAGCUGUCACAACUUCGAUUAUCUUUGCUGCUGCUGAUUUCACAUCCCAGAUGAUCACAUCAGAAUCUUCUGGUUAUGACUCAAUAAGGACAUUACGAAUGGCUGCUUAUGGGUUGCUUCUCCUGGGGCCAUCACAGCAUCUUUGGUUUAACUUAUUGUCAAAAGCUUUGCCCAAACGGGAUAUGCUGACAACCUUCAAGAAAAUGUUUAUGGGGCAGGCUGUCUACGGACCUGCGAGCACUACAGUUUUCUUCUCCUAUAAUGCAGCUCUACAAGGUGAAAGUGGUGAAGAGAUUGUGGCUAGAUUGAAGCGUGACCUCCUCCCAACAUUGAUAAACGGUGCUAUGUUCUGGCCGCUCUGUGAUUUUGUUACAUACAAAUUUGUACCUGUUCAUCUCCAGGUAUUUUUGGCUUACUUCCUUUUUUUGAAUCCUCAUUUUGAACAGGCGAGAAUGUUAUUGAAAUUAUUUAAUUUAGUCAGAUCCAAUUGCUAUGACAAACACCUUGAUAAAAUCUUUUGGCAGCCUUUAAUGAACAGUACAUGUGCCUACAUAUGGACAAUUUAUUUGACAUACAUGGCAAGCUUAAAGAAAGUGAGCAUCAAUUAGUGAGGGUUUUGUCUUGGAGUCUUGAGGUAAAAUAUUCUUGAGUUGCAGUUAACCAUACCUUCAGUUAUGCGGAAUUAGAUUGGUAAGGUUGACUUCGCUGUUUAAGGAUUCUGAUUCGCGAUUAUCGUUAUUCUUUUUUUGAGCCACAAAAUAGGGUUUUUUGGGCUUAGUUAGUUAUUACUGUUUUCUAUUACCAAGGAACUAUAAUUUAGUAAUUUCAUUUCUGAUAUUUUGCUGAGUAGAUGGAAUAUGGAGCAAAGAGA